GCUUGUUACAAAUUAAAGGGAUGGGGAUCGAAUUUCGCCUUCAGUCUUCUGCUACUUAUGGCAGUAUUUAGUGUACUUUAUUACGUUGGCUCAGUCAUUUGCUACAUCACCUCAAUUACUCUAUCUGUGAACGAUUUGCUCAACCGUAUUGUCGGCUCCAAUCAUCAAAGCAGUCAGUUCGCAUUUAUUGCAACAAACAUCUUUCUCGCUGCUCAUCGACUCCUCUACGCGAUAUUCCCCUUCCAUACACAAAAGAUGCUAUCUAAAAACUUUUUAAAACUUUGUAUUGCUCUCAUAAUUGCAUUUUAUAUUGCGUACACAAUCUUAAUCAUGACUCCACUGGCUUCGGUGAUGUACUGCUCAUCGCAGUUAUUCUUCUAUUUCGACGAAAGACCUUUGACCGGUCUUGCUGUUAAGAUGAAUCAAAUUUUCAACUUUGCUGCUGGUAUUGUGAGCAUCUCAUUGUAUACUAUCAUUUUUGCUACAUUGUUUUUGAAAGGAAAUCUGACGUUUAAGAAAAACCACGAGAUUCAAAUGACAGUGCAAGCUGCCGUGGUUUCAGCAAUCGAACUGAUUUUCUUUCUUUAUUGGGAGUACGGUCCGCCAUUAAAAAUUCCUGCGUUUUGGUUAUAUGUCUGCGACGGAUAUACGAUACUGAUUUACUUCGACGUGCUCAUUCUGCCCUACUUAAUACUGAACAGGAGUGUGAAAACAGAACUGAAGAAUAUUCUUUUUGGAAGAAGAGGAUCUUUGAUUGCCAUUAUCUUCUCACAUACACCAUUGCAAAUAUAUAGAUAG